GCACCGGAUGAUCGACGUGCUGCAGAAACGUGAUCUCCAACUCGUUUUUGGACUUGGAUCUCAGCAGGAGUGAGCUUUUUGGGACACUGGAUUUCAGCUCUCUCGGAUGUUAUAAUGAUUCUUUUAUAAUUAUCUCUAUACGAAUCAUAUCAAAGCUUUCUGUAAGGUGGUCUGGUUAACUAACACCACCCAAGAACAUCCCCCUCGAGCCCUUUAAGACAUCCUCUCGCUUACUGUACGUCAUGACGUCCCGAGCUGAGGGAGCGUUCCCUGGACCCAAACAGAGUCGUUACAUUGAAGCACUCAUAAAUUCUAUUUUUUAAAUGUUAAUGUCACGCCCAUCCACCUGGUUUUCAUUGUUGAUAACAACAGAGAGAUCUCCACAAUUACUGGUCAAACAAUUCAGCUCCAGCACCGUUGAAAUGAAACGCAAAGCCGGCUCGUCGCCCGAGCCAUCAGCAAGAAAAGUGGCAAAGCUCGCAGACUAUUGCUGUACUCCGACUUGUCGAGAUUCGCAAGGUGUCGAAAUAUGGCCAGCUCCGGAGUCUCAAAUGAUAGCCGCGCGAAAGUUUUUGCAAAACUGUGUCACGGCUCAGAAGAAAACCCUCAUCGUACCAGAUAAAGAUGCAGAUGGGCUCAGUUCAGGAGUCAUUGUUCACAGAACUUUGGUGAAAUUAGGUCUUGAUCCGAAAUUGCUCGACGUUCAUCUAGUCCAGAAAGGAUCGAAUAUACAUGAGCCUUUCGAGCGACAGGCCAUGUUGGAAAAAGAAGCAGAAUUCAUUAUUGUCCUAGAUCAAGGGAGCAGAGGAGCUCCUCCAGUAGUCGACGAUCCAAACACCAAACCAAUCAUAAUCGACCACCACUUGAGUGGCGACUUUCCUGAGGGCGCCGAAGUUGUGUCGGCGUGUCACUGUCCACCAGUCGCCACUUCAGCUCUCUUGACAUACGAGAUCUGCAAAGAGCUCCAUCCAGAUAUCGCUUCAGAGUGUGGAUACCUCUGCGCGAUCGGCACGCAUGGAGAUCUGGGCAAUACACUGAAAUGGCUACCGCCUUUUCCAGAUAUGACAGAAACUUUCAAGAAGCAUACCAAGAAGAUUCUCAAUGACUGUGUUUCCUAUCUCAAUGCUCCUCGACGUACUGGCACCUAUGAUGUGAUCACUGCUUGGAAUGACCUUCUCCAAGCCAAAGAUCCUAGAGAGAUACUCAAAAACCGCCGUUUGGCACAAGCACGUGAAGAGAUCAACAUCGAAGUCGAGAAACAAACGCACACCCCACCGAAAUUCAGCAAGGAUGGGAAGAUCGCCGUGCUAAAGAUAAACAGCAAGGCUCAGGUUCAUCCUGUGAUUGCCACACGAUGGGCAGGAACUCUAAAAUCCAAAGCCCUCGAAAUUAUCAUGGUAGCCAAUUACGGCUAUUUACCAGGCAAAGUCAACUUCUCUUGCCGCAUCGCCCGAUGUGCUCGGGAUCGCGAUCCUCCAGUCAACAUCAUCGAGUCAUUAAAAGCUGUAGCGGACCUAGAUACAGGUGAUCUGAUUCAGCGAAUGGGUGAGAGUUUCGCGAGAGGACACAAGGAGGCCUCGGGUGGAAUCAUUCCGACAGCCGAGUUCGAGGAACUGUGUGUUCUGAUGAAAGUUGGCGAGAAACCAGACAAGGUGGACGGAGAGUCACCAAAGAAGAAAGCGGAUGCCCAGAAGAAUACUCUAAAUAAUUAUUUCAAGAAGUCUUGA